AUGGAAAGCGAGGUUUUCACCCCUCUGCUGGAGCAGUUUCUGCUCACGCCUCUGGUUUGCUGGGUGAAGACAGUCGGCCAGGCGACAGUGACCGAUGGCACCAAAUUAUCGGAAUAUAUUGAAUUAGUGGAUGGGAUUUACCUGAACGAGAUUAUGCUUGAGAUAAAUCCAAAGGCCACGGUGCAGAGGACCAACAAGAAAGUGAACAAUGACCCCACAUUGCGCAUCCAGAACCUCUCUAUUCUCAUCAGGCAAAUUAAAGCCUACUAUCAGGAAACUCUCCAGCAGCUGGUGAUGAUGCCUUUGCCAAACGUGCUGAUACUGGGCCGGAACCCUCUCUCUGAGCAAGGUCUGGAGGAGAUGAAAAAACUGUUGCUCCUGCUGCUAGGCUGUGCUGUCCAGUGCGAGCAGAAGGAAGAGUACAUUGAGCGAAUCCAGACUCUCGACUUUGACACCAAAGCUGCCAUAGCAUCCCACAUCCAAGAGGUGACUCAUAAUCAGGAGAAUGUAGUGGACCUGCAGUGGUUGGAGAGUGGGGAAAUGCCUCCUGAGGACCUGGACAGCCUCUCCAGAAACCUGGCUUUCCACCUCAAGCACCUGGUGGAUGAGAGAGACACACAGUUGGAGACUAUAGUGGAGUUAACGCAGGAGAGAGACUGUGUACAGCUGUCUCCAUUGGCUCCCUGUCCAACCCAGUCUCCUGGUGACUCCCCCAGUAUGAGGAGGACUGAAAGCCGACAGCACCUCUCUGUGGAGUUGGCUGAUGCCAAGGCCAAAAUCAGACGUCUUCGUCAGGAACUGGAGGAGAAGAGUGAGCAGCUUUUGGACACCAGGCAGGAGCUUGAGAACAUGGAAGUGGAGCUCAAAAGACUUCAGCAAGAGAGCUACCAGUUGCUGUCGGACGCUCGGUCGGCUCGAGCCUACCGCGACGAACUAGAUGCACUCAGAGAGAAAGCGAUCCGUGUCGACAAACUGGAGAGCGAGCUGAGCCGAUACAAGGAGAAACUUCAUGACAUUGAGUUUUACAAGGCCCGAGUCGAGGAGCUAAAGGAGGACAACCAGGUCCUGUUGGAGACUAAGGCCAUGUUGGAGGAGCAGCUGGAUGCUAGCCGGACCCGGUCUGACAAACUGCAUCUCCUGGAAAAAGAGAAUCUGCAGCUCAAGUCCAAGAUCCAUGACCUGGAGAUGGAACGGGACAUGGACCGUAAGCGUAUGGAGGAGCUGCUGGAGGAGAACCUUGUGCUUGAGAUGGCCCAGAAACAGAGCAUGGACGAGUCCCUGCACCUGGGUUGGGAGCUGGAGCAACUAUCAAAGACACCAGAGCUGACCGAAGCCCCUCAGAAGUCACUGGGCGAGGAGGUGAAUGAGCUGACCUCGAGCCGCCUGUUGAAGCUGGAGAAAGACAACCAGACCCUGCUGAGGACGGUGGAGGAACUCAGAGGUGCAGCCAGUCAGGACACCGUGGUAAAACUGGCCAAGGUCAACCAGGAAAACCAGAGACUUAACCAGAAGUUAGAGCAGCUGGAGAGUGAACUGACAGCCGACAAAGAGUCACUCCGCAGCGCUGAGUCGCUCAGUACUGACCUGAUGAAGGAGAAGGCUUUACUAGAGAAGACUCUGGAAACGCUCAGAGAAAACUCUGAGAGACAGAUGAAGGGUCUGGAGCAGGAGAACAAGCACCUGGGCCAGACGGUGUCGUCUCUGCGGCAGCGAUGCCAGGUUGGUGCCGAAGCCCGGGUCAAGGAUGUGGAGAAAGAGAAUCGCGUUCUCCACGAGUCCAUCUGCGAGACAACUGGCAAACUCAAUAAGAUGGAGUUUGAGAGGAAACAACUGCGUAAAGAGCUUGAAGUGAUGAAGGAGAAAGGUGAGCGAGCAGAAGAGUUGGAGAUUCAGAUGCAGAAGUUGGAAAGGGACAACGAGAGCUUGCAGAAGAAAGUUGCCAGUCUUGGAAUCACCUGUGAAAAGGUGUCUUCCUUGGAGAAGGAGAACACAGAGCUUGAGGCUGAGGGCCGUCGUCUGAAGAAGAAGCUGGACACUCUAAAGAACAUGGCCUUCCAGCUGGAGGCUCUUGAAAAGGAGAACUCCCAACUGGAGCAGGAGAACCUGCAGCUUCGCCGAUCGGCUGAGAGUCUCCGGUCGGCGGGGGCUAAGGCCGCUCAGCUGGAAGCAGAGAACAGAGAACUGGAGAGCGAGAGGAAUCAGAUGAAGCGCAGCCUGGAACUGCUCAAAGCUUCGUCCAAAAAGACAGAGAGGUUAGAGGUGAGUUACCAGGGCCUAGAUACAGAGAACCAGCGCCUGCAGAAGGCCUUAGAGAACAGCAGCAAGAAGAUCCAGCAGUUAGAGGCAGAGCUGCAAGAGGUUGAGACUGAGAACCAAACCCUCCAACGCAACCUAGAGGAGCUCAAGAUCUCCAGUAAACGACUCGAGCAGCUGGAGCAGGAGAACAAGACUCUGGAGCAGGAAAGCUCCCAGCUAGAGAAAGACAAGAAGCUUCUGGAGAAAGAGAACAAGCGUCUGAGGCAGCAGGCCGAGAUCCGCGACUCAAAGCUGGAUGACAACAACCAGCGGAUCUCCACCUUGGAGAAAGAGAAUCGGACUAUGGGCAAGGAGAUGAUCUUCUUCAGGGACUCGUGCACAAGAGUGAAAGACCUGGAGAGAGAGAACAAGGAGCUGGUCAAACAGUCCACCAUUGAUAAGAAGACCCUCAUCACACUCAGAGAGGAGCUUGUAAGUGAGAAGCUGCGGACUCAGCAGAUGAAUAAUGAUCUGGAGAAACUGACCCAUGAGUUGGAGAAGAUUGGACUGAACAAGGAAAGGCUACUGCAUGACGAGAGCUCUGACGACAGAUUUAAGCUCCUGGAAACAAAACUGGAGUCGACUCUGAAAUCAUCCUUGGAGAUAAAAGAGGAGAAAAUCGCCGCGCUGGAGGCCAGACUACAGGAAUCCUCAAACCUCAACCAGCAACUUCGCCAGGAGCUCAAAACGGUGAAGAAAAACUAUGAGGCGCUGCGUCAGAGGGAGGAAGAGGAGAGGAUGGUGCAGAGCUCUCCCCCUAGAGGAGGGGAGGACCCUCAGACUGUUAGUAAAUGGGAGAAGGAGAGUCAUGAAGCCACCAGGGAACUGCUGAAAGUCAAAGACAGACUCAUUGAGGUGGAGAGGAAUAAUGCCACACUGCAGGCUGAGAAGGCAGCCCUGAGGAGCCAGCUCAAACAACUGGAAACUCAAAGCUCCAACCUGCAGGCUCAGAUAGUGGCCGUGCAGAGACAGACUGCUUCUUUACAGGAGAACAAUACGACACUACAGACGCAGAACGCCAAGCUGCAGGUGGAGAACUCCACCCUGAGCUCGCAGAGUGCAGCUCUCAUGGCCCAGAAUGCUCAGCUGCAGAGCCAGCAGAGCAGCGUGGAGGGUGAGCGUGAGGGAGCUCUGAAGGAGAAAGAGGAACUGAGGGCCACCUAUGAGCUGCUUCUCCGCGAUCAUGAGAAGCUGGCGGCGCUCCACGAAAGGCAGGCAGUCGAGUAUGAAGCCCUGAUCGGAAAGCACGGGGGCCUGAAGAGCUCCCACAAGAGCCUGGAGCAGCAGCACAGGGACCUGGAGGACAAAUACAAGCAGCUCCUGCAAAGGAAGGGGGAGCUGGAAGAGUUGGAGAAAAAUCUGAAGGAGCAGCAGGAAAAAAUGGCGCUGGAGAACCAAACGCACCAAGCCACAGCUGACCAGUACAAACUGCUCAAAGAGGAAAAUGAUAGACUGAACACUACUUACCGUCAGCUGGUGAAGGACAACGAGAAUCUCCAGCUGGACCAUAAGAACGUAAAGACCCAGCUGAACAGCGCCAAACUGGACCAGACCAAGCUGGAGGCUGAAUUCUCUAAACUGAAGGAGCAGUACCAGCAGCUGGACAUCACCUCCACCAAACUCACCAACCAGUGUGAGUUGUUGAGCCAGCUGAAAGGAAACCUGGAGGAGGAGAAUCGUCACCUGUUGGACCAGAUCCAGACUCUGAUGCUACAGAAUCGCACACUGCUGGAGCAGACCAUGGAGAGCAAGGACCUGUUCCACGUAGAGCAAAGACAAUAUAUAGACAAGCUGAAUGAGCUGAGGAGACAGAAAGAGAAGUUGGAGGAGAAGAUCAUGGACCAGUACAAGUUCUAUGACCCCUCACCUCCGCGCAGGCGUGGCAACUGGAUCACUUUGAAAAUGAGGAAGCUGAUCAAGCCGAAGAGUCGGGAGAGGAUGCGCUCUCUCACGCUGACUCCCUCUCGUUCAGAGUCUGGUGACGGUUUCAUGGCCUUUCCCCCGGACAGCCAGGACAGCUCAUCCAUAGGCUCUGGCUCCAACUCGCUGGACGACACACUCACACAAAAGAGGAGCAGCACUAUAAAAAGGUUGCCUUUCAUGAGGAACAGAUCCAAGGACAAAGACAAGGCCAAGGCCAUCUACCGGCGCUCCAUGUCAAUGAACGACCUGCUGCAGAACUUGGCGGUGGCAGGCGGUCCCGGGGCUCAGUGGGCGGGCAGCAUCGAGAACCUCGAUGGUGCGGAGACCGGAGAUGCCGGCAUGACGGGCAGCAGCAGGCGUGGCGGACAGCGCAUGAAGGAGCUUGCUCUUUCCACCAAUGCCAUCGACUGUGCUGCCCUCACCCUGCCCUCUGCGGGGCACAGCAGGGCAAAACUCCGGCUUCAGGUCAAAGAUAAUGCCUCCUGUGAGGAUGUUGCCAGCUCCUUAGAUGACCCCAAGAGUCAAGGCCUGCAGGUGUAUAGCAGUGCUCUGGCUCUGUGUCCUUCUCCUGUUGAGCUGAGCGUUAUGUGCAGAGUACCCUGUAACAUCUGUACCUCCAGACCCACCAGUCUCCAUAGCAACAGGACCACCAGUAGUAAUAGUAACAAUAACUCCCAUCUCACUUCUCCUCUGGAGGGCAAAGGCACGUUGAACGGCAGCCUCAGCAGGCCUCACAGUGAGAGCAGCGGAGAGUUCAGCCUGAGUUUGGACCAGGAGGUGUGGUCCAGCAGCGGCAGCAGCCCCGUCCAGCAGCCCACCGCCUCGCGCUCCUCUCACCAGAGCCCCCUGCAGCUGCGCAGGUCCCUGGACCCGUCCACCAUCGCAGGCAGCCCCGGCCAGGCCCAGACCAGGAGCAGCGAGGUGCUGUCCCUGCAACAGUUCCUGGAUGAGGGCAUUGAUCCUGCAGAGUCUGGGAGUCAGGAGAACCUCACUGUAGACUCCCCUCGCCUCUCCACUUCUUCUGAGCAUGUGCAGAAAGAGCGCACCUCCACAAAGGGCCGCGGCAUAUUACGCUCCUCCAGUGGGAAAGCGGCGCCGGUCAGCUCUGAUCGCCCGCCAAGAUCCACUGGACAACCGGGUCGCCCCACACUGCGCAAGGCGGAGAGCACCCGUGUGAGGGGCUCCGUCCCGGUCCGCUCCAGUCUAUCCUCACAGGGCAAAGCCACGUCCGUCUCCGAACGCCUGGACUCCGCCUCCUCCACGCUGCCUCGGGCCAGCAGCGUCAUCUCCACCGCCGAGGGCACCACGCGCCGCACCAGCAUCCACGACCUGCUCUCAAAGGACAACCGGCAGCCAGUGUCCGUCGACGCUGCUCCUCCCGUCACCUCCACCAAGGCUGGGGUACGCUCCCAGCCCACACCCAGUGAGUACCACCCCAACACCACCAACCUAAAGGGACCCCUUACCACCACCACCUCCCCCCUGCCCAAGUCAGUCAGCUUACCCUGCCAUAGCUUGGAGGAUCCCGACCUCUCCACCCUCGAGUCUUUCCUCGGCCCUUCCUUCACUGUAGAGUCUGUGUUCAUGGACUCCAUCUUUAGUGAGUCAGCGGGCAAAAGCCUCCCCUUCCUGUCUCUAAACCCCACCCUAGUCAGCAACAUCAGCGGGCCCCCUGUUACAAAUAAAACACACCCUCCUCCAGUCCCGAACCAGGCCCCUCACAGCCAACCAAAGGGCCAGAUGAGAUCCGGCCCAGCCAAUCUGAAAGAGGGCGUUGAUCCGACUCGUGUCAAUAAUUCUGACCAAUCACUGACCCCGGAGGACAGCCAGUCUCUGUGGUAUGAGUACGGGUGUGUGUGAUUGACAGGGAGGCUCUGGCUUGCUGAUCUUCCUGCCAGACUUCACUUAAAGAGGGGAGAAUGACAGGAUGGAUAAGCGACAAAUCCUCGUCCUCUGCAUGUAUUUAUUCGAGCACUAUCUCUCUCUCUGUGGUGUGUUUGUUUCAUUCUUUUCUGUUGCCACGGUGCUGAUCGGUGAAUCUGUUUUGUUUUAUCAUUAUUUUUCUCUGCCUUGUUCUUUUCUCUGAGGUGGGAUUUUGAUUAAUGUUCUUCCGUCCAACGUUCUAACAUGUUAUUGUUUCCUCAUCAAAUCCGUUUCACUUGCUAACAUUACACUAUUAUCUGCAGUCUAUGCAUCACAGUUAAAGCUCAGCGUUUCUGCUCACAGCUGACGUCUUAAAAAAAGCAGUGAGUAGAAAUGCUGGACAUUCAGUUAAUCUGUCACCAGGAUCCUGCAAAUGUCAGAAAUAGUUGUCUCUGAUAGAGAGCAAAGCAUUGUGGGACAGAUCUUGUAUUAGAGCAAUUGCUUCAUUACAAAUCCAAAUGAAAAAUGUUCAGUGUGUCAGAUAAUAGAUUCACUUUCCACUUCCUGUUUGUUCUGAUGUUUCGAUGUGUGGGGGAGUGUUUUUUUUCACUGCUUUGAACUCAGUUGCUUCAUCCACUAAAUUGCACGGCUUCGUUCUGUCACGCUCAUUUUGAUUGCUGUGAUCAAAAUGUGAUGGUUUUGUUUUGUUUUGUUUUAUUUUUGGUGUGGAAUGUUUGUUUUUGUACAUUGGACACCUUAUCUGUAUUUUCUUUUACAUAUGUAUUAACUGGAUUAUUUGCUCUGGUAAGUCCUAACUGACCUUUUGGGGCUGGUAACAAAAUGAUGAAGCUUCAUUCCCAAAAUGAGCCGAGGGAAGUUACAGGUGGUUGAGUGAAAGUUGACAGUGAGGGUAGUGGAGGAGGCUGGUUAUUAUAUUUUAGUUUUAGGCAGCUGUUGGUCAAGUUAUUGAAACAGGAAGUUAAAGCAGGAAGUUGAAGAGUUUUCAGUGGCUUGUUUUGUGAAUGAAGUUUCUUUUGGUGCCUGGAAACUUUGAUAUGCUCAUCCCGACGCACCACAACUUGAGGAUGGAUAAUAUUUGAUUAUAUAUUUCAGACUGACAAGAUCUUGUACAGAUUGUUGUAAUCAUUAAGUUAUAAUCAAAGACGAGCACUGCUUCAUGUGCCAAUACUAGUCCUACUGUCCGCCUCUAGAUCCUUAUUUAUUUAUGCUUUUGUACUCUGUUCUUGCUGUUUUGAAGUUGCUUUAUUGUAUUUAUCUUAAUUUACAGUAUCUGCAGGUGUGAAGUCAAUGAAAAUGUUCUCAUCACUGCUUCCAGAUGUAACAUAAACGUUGCCUUUGUCCUACAGAUGUGGAGGGCAGAAAGUCUAAAAGCAGGAGCGGGGAGCCGCAGCAAAGCUGCUAAACCCCGCCCCCACCACCCUCGUCUGUCUGCUACCAUGCUGUGAGCGCGUGGUGAGUGCGUGCUGCUCGAGCGGGAGGAAUGGGGUGGGGUGGGGUCGUUCAGUCUUGUCUCCAUGGGAACCUAAAACGUCGUGUAACAGAUGUCCUCCAUCCUGCCGUGCACUUGCUUCCCCUGCUCUCUUAGCCCACCCCCACCCUCCCUCCCUCCUCGCUGCCCUGUUUGUCGCCCCACCGUCCCCGUGGUGCCAAACGCCUGUUCACAGAGCCUGACGGGACCCUGGUCUGCAUGGCAUAUGGGCCACGUUGCUCUGAGUGGACGAACGCUUUGCCUGUUUGUGUCAAAUCCCAAAUCCCCCAACAAGAGGAGUUCCAGGACUCCUGCACCUCGCCGUAUCCCUCCACCAUGACGCUUCUUGUGCUGUCGGUGAAGGUGACUGCUGAGUGUUUCCUGCUGGUG